CCUCUCCGCACCACCGCCACCAUGUACACCAUGUACACCCUUGUCAUUUCUCUCACGCUAAUCCUCUCCCUCACCUCCGCUGCUCCGCCUGUGGUCGACGCGCCGGCCGGACGCAUGUCGGGCGUGUUGUUGGAGGCCACGCAGGUGCGCGCCUUUUACAACAUUCCGUUUGCAGAGCCACCGACGGGUGCGCUGCGGUGGAUGCCUCCGGUGGCUAAGGGUGUGUGGAACGGGACGAUGGCGCUGGGCGAGUCCAAGGCGAUCGGCUGCCCGCAGCGCUGCUUCCUCCCGCCACACACCUGUCCCACCACCACCAGCGAGGCCUGCCUCACCCUCAAUGUCUUUGCUCCAGUCGCCGCCUCCAACGCGCCGGUCAUGAUCUUCAUGCCCGGCGGCCACUUUCAGCAGGGCCUGGCUGACGUGCCGGUGUACAACGGCCAGUAUCUGGCAAACGCCACUGGCGUCGUGGUCGUCACCAUCAACUAUCGCCUCGGUGCCCUCGGCUGGCUGGUUACCGACGAGCUCGAGGGCAACUUUGGCUUUCUCGACCAGCAGCUCGCUCUCAAGUGGGUCGCCGACAACGUGGCCGCCUUUGGCGGCAAUCCGUCCCGCCGGACGCUGAUGGGCCAGUCGGCCGGCGCUGGCUCGCUCGCCGCGCACCUCAUUGCGCCGUCGUCGGCGCCGCUGUUUGAGCAGGCCGUCGUCAUGUCGUCGACCAUCGGUCUCGCCAUUUCCAACCCCAAGUACGGCGCGCAGCUCGGCGCGCUCGUCAUGGCCAACAUGUCGUGCAAGACGACCGAGUGCAUGCGGGGCAAACCGGUGGCAAGCGUUCUCGAGGCCGAGUACGCGAGCCAGUCGCACCUGUUUGUCGAUCACCCGCUCUCGGUCUUUCUCCCCUGGAACGUCAACAAGGCCGGACCUGUGCCCGACAACCAGCUGACGGCUAUGCGGGCUGGCAAGGUCCAGCGCAAACCCAUGAUCAUGGGCAACGUCGCCAACGAAGGUGUCAUCUUUAUCUACGACGCCGUCCAGCACCCGCUCUCCAAGACAGAGUACGAAGCCAUCGUCGCCGGCGUCUUCGGCCUCCACGCCCCGCGUGUCCUCGACCUCUUCCCGGGCAACGUCAUCGACUCGCGCGUUCCCAUGUCACAUCUCGCCACCUACUAUGUUAUGAUCUGCCCACAGCGCUACGCCAUGGAGGCCAUGGCCCAGAACGCCCCGGUCUACGCCUACCUCUUUGACCACCCAUGGUCGUUUGCCCGCUCCGGCUGGGGCGCAAACUACACCUUUUGCUUCCACCAAGUCUGUCACGGCUCGGGCCUUCCCUUUAUGUUCUCCGUCGUCCGCGGACCGCAACCCGAACUCGGGGCCAUUCGCCCCAUCGGCUGCCUGGCCCCGGCAAGCCGGAGCUCAUCUUCCGAGGGCGGCAUCCACCCGGUCGACAACUUUGCCGCCACCGCUUGCGACUACUUUGACUCGAUCGGCUCGAUCGGCUACCAGCACGGCGAAGGCAAGCUCGACGCCUUUCUCCCCGACUCGAUCCACACCGCGUAG